AUGCUCAUAACUGACCAACAUAUUCAAUCUAGUGAGAAGCUACCCACAUGUAAGGUGUGCAACAAAGCAGUCUCAAAUUCAUCUACCCUCCUUGCGCACCAUCGCAUCCACACAGGGGAGAAAUCAUUCAUGCGCAAGGUGUGUGACAAAUCAUUCUCUGACUCAUUGAAACUCCACAAACACCAAUGCACUCGCUUGGGGGAGAAACCAUUCACAUGUGAAGCAUGCAAUAAACCAUUUUCAAAGUUAACAAACCUCCAUGCACACCAACGUAUUCACUCUGGGAGAAACCGUUCACAUGUGAAGUGUGUGAUAAAUCAUUCUCGAACUCAUCAACCCAGCGCAAACACCAAUGCAUUCACACAGGAGAAACCAUUUAGGUGUGAGGUGUGUGACCAAUCAUUCUCGGACUCAUCAAACUUCCGAGAGAAACCUUUCAGAUGUGGAUUUUGUCAGAGAGCUUUCACUAACUCCUCUGAUCUCCUGAAGUACCAACACAUUCACACAGGAGAAAAACCAUUCACUUGUGAGAUGUGCUACAAAUCAUUCUCUGAAUUAUCGAAUCACCGCAAACACCGACGUAUUCACACAGGAGAGAAAUCCUUCAUGUGCGAGGUGUGUGACAAAUCAUUCUCAGACUCAUCGACACUCCGUGUGCACCAUCGCCCUCACACUUGA